AUGGACGUGAGCAAUUUGCCAGCCCGAUGGAAUAACCUCCCCGGAGACACACAACAAGACAUCAUCAACUAUCUGAAGGUAAAACAAGAGUUUGGAUGGACAUACCUCACGCGAGACGAGAAACGAGCCAUAUACUACAUCAGUUAUGGUGAAUGGGGCCCUCGUGAUGCAAAAAGCAUGGGAAUUCCCGACCUAGUGUUCAAGAUCAUGUCCAGUUCCAUUCUGUUUGGAGUUGUUGGCUUCACGCUGAUCAACUACGCACGCGAUCAAACUAAUGAGGAAUGA